AUGUCGGCGCCUGUGAUGACGGUGGAGGAGAUGUUAGAGAGGCUGAGGAGAGAAGCGGAGGUGCGGGGGCCUGGCUGGCUGCAGGAGCAGGUUGGUGCAUGCAUAAUUUCACCUGCUCCUGUGGCUACCCCUAAUGUUCGGGCUGCCCGGCCGCGGCGGAGUAUUCCACCGGCGCGCCUAAGCCCUGAAGUCAGCCCCCGGGCCCGGCGCCGAGUAGGGAGCCCCCCUGUGGACCCUCAGCGGCGGAGAGCGGCCGCUCAGCCUUCUGCGAGCCGCUCUCGCCGUGGGAGGAAUCCCGUUACGCGGCGGGGCCCUGUGAGGAGUGGGACGCCCCUUCCCCCGCUCCCUGCGGCUGUGCAGCUGGAUUCGGGACCAGGAACGGUGGAUCGGCCCAGUCCCUCCUUCAGCGGGCGGUCCACUCGGCUGUUUGAUGAUGUCCGGGUUCCUCGGACUGCGCUGGUGGAGGACGAAUACCAGCGCAGGUCCAGAGAAGAUUUGAGCAGCGUGGAAGAAGGUCCCCUUGCAGUGGUGGAGGCCGCGGUCUCGUCCCAGUGUCCGGCCAGUGUGGUGCAGAGGGUCGUGCAAGUGGUCCAGGAGGAGCAGCCGUCGACGUCCAGGAGCUAUGAUGGUGCAGUGUCCGUGCGGCAGGAGUCAGGAUCUGCGGCAGCGGGAGUCACAGCGCCCGUGGUGCCUGGUCGAAUGAUGGCGGCGUUGGUGUGGAUUUUGGGGCACUCCUAUGUGUUCUGGGGUGCAAUCAGAGUGGAUGUGAGGCAGAGUGGUCGGCAGUUGGGUGUGAGUCCGGAGUUGGCUACGGUCAGGUGGUUGGGAGUCAGAGGGGUUCCAGUUCCCUCUGUACGGCGCAGGCCUUCUACAAAGGAUAUGGUGGUGGCUGUGGUCUCGGCAUUGGAAGAGGAGGAGGAGGGAGAGCAUGCUGGACCCUCCCAGCAUGCAGAUGCUCCACCACCACCUGAUGUUGUCGAAAUGGUGAAGGUGGAGGCCGAAGAGGCUGGUCUCUCUGCAACCCAUAUGCGCAGACUGCAAUGUGGGUCUCGUGCAUACAAGUCUUAUUCUACCAUUAACACCAGCACUCGCCUGGCACUUUCUGCCGCUGCCCAGGCGUGA